AUGGUGGACAAAGAGCUGGAGGCGCUGAGGAAGCAGAGGCUAGCAGAGCUGCAGGCCAAGCAUGGGGAUCCUGGUGAUGCAGCCCAACAGGAAGCAAAGCAAAGGGAAGCAGAAAUGAGAAACAGUAUCUUAGCCCAAGUUCUGGAUCAGUCAGCCCGGGCCAGGUUAAGUAACUUAGCACUUGUAAAGCCUGAAAAAACUAAAGCAGUAGAGAACUACCUUAUACAGAUGGCUCGGUAUGGACAGCUAAGCGGGAAGGUGUCAGAACAAGGUUUAAUAGAAAUACUUGAGAAAGUCAGCCAACAGACAGAAAAGAAAACAACGGUUAAAUUCAACAGAAGAAAAGUAAUGGACUCCGAUGAAGAAGAAGAUUACUAAGAGGAAAUGUUUAGACUUACAGAGCAGCGUCUAGGGCAGUUACAACCUUUUAAAUGUUUACUUUGUUUAUUGUCUAUAUAUGCCUUUUGAAAAAAUAAACUUGUUACUCAA